GAAGCGCGAGGCCAUUGGCUCGAGCUCUUCGAUCUGCCGCCCAGCGCGUGACAGCCAAGGAAGCCCCAGUAAACACACUGACCUGACGGCCGCUGCUGCGCGUGCUGCUGUUGUUGCUCUGUCUUUUUGUCUCGGGAGGAUAUUCUGCGGAGUGCACCUGGCUGUCUGAUGGAGACCAGACAACAAGAUUUUCUGGACUCAGAGCCACUGAGAGAAGCUGACGAAGACAUGGCGUCAGAGAUCAACCUAAACAACUGCCUCUUGACCGAGGAGGAGAGAGAGGAGCUCCAGCAACAGCUAGCUAAACUGGAGGAGGAGAUCAGUACGUUGCGGCAGGUCUUGUCUUCCAAAGAGAAGCAGCACGCAGAGCUCAGACAGAAACUUGGCGUAGGUUCUCUCAGCGAGCUCAGGAACAACUUAAGCAAAGGAUGGCACGACAUGCAGACCUCCACAGCCUAUAAGAAGACCUCAGACACGAUCUCCACAGCCGGACAGAAAACCUCCGUCGCCUUCACCACGCUGGGCAGCGCCAUCACCAGGAAGUUCGGGGACAUGAGGUCCAACUCUAUAGGCUACUCUUUCAGACACUCAAUGAGCAUGCCCACCAUGAGAAACUCUCCCAGCUUCAAGUCUUUUGAGGAGAAAGUCGAGACUACAGUUUCUACUCUAAAGACAAAGGUGGGCGGUGCAGAGACAGGGGGCAGCUUCGAGGAAGUCCUCUCCUCCGCAGCGAACGCCAGCUCUCAGGACACGCCCACUAACAACUUGACGGACGGCUCCGAGAGGCCGUGAUAGAGCGUGUAAGGCUGGACUCAAAGACCAGGAACUGCUGUAGUGCAGAACUUAUCUUCUAAAUACUCUUGACUGAAAUGUUACAGAACACCUGUAUUAGAUCCCUCGUGUUAGGAUGCUUACAACCAUGUUUGAGAUGAAGCCUCCUAACACUAGAUGCAACCCUGAAUGCUUGAAAGGAAGUUUAAAAAUGUUUCUUGUUUGGACCAAAUUGACCCUAAAUAUUCCAAAUAGGCAGUUGUCUGCCUAUUAUUUUUUAAAAGAUCACAACAGCAAACCUACUGUAAUGGAGGGCUAAUAAUAAACCCAGUGAGACCCUCAGAUAGUUCCACACAUAACUCAACUCGGUUUAAAGGAAACAUCCUUUGUAACAAUCUAAAAUACUUUUUACCAAGAGGCGAAUGUCUUUGUUGAAUUACUCUUUCCAUAGUGUGGUGCACUCAACCAAUAGGAGUGUAUUGCCAGCUCCAUACCAUAGACGUUGAUCCAAUGAGGCGAGACGCAGCUAAGCUUGUGAAAACAGCCAGUACAGUAUCACAACUUUACUUCACUACACCUGUCGUACCAAAAACUACAUUUUUAGGGUAUUAAUAGAAAUAAGUAGUUGAUAAUAGUCUUUGUUACAUUUCCAAGUACCUUGUACUUUAUACUAAAUGUUUUAAAAUGUACAUACAGUAUAACAUACAUUGAUGGAAUCCUGAAGUCCUGGGUGAAACUAAUUAUUUGUAAACUUGUACAAAUGACUAUUCAAUACAACUAAAGAUCUGAAAUGUUGUUAUGGCAACUAAAAAUAUAUUUGAUGGGAUAACUUUGCAAGUGCAGCCAGUUAUAAUGCUUUUUGAAAAUAACAGCCUACUGUUCUACGCAUAGCUGAAUGCAAAAAUACUGACAGAGAGGCUUGCUAGAAUAUGGAGGUUGCGCAAAAUUAUAUAAAUCACUUAUGCUGAGAAUUAUCUUCUUUUACAUUACAUUACAUGUCACUUGUUAGACGCUUUUAUCCAAAGUGACUUACAUACUCAAUACUGUGGGCAAUCCCCACAGGAGCAAUUUGGGGUGAAGUGUCUUGCAGGGACACAACGACAUGCUGACUGCAGUGGGGUUUGAACCUGAUCCGAAUACCAACUCACAACCCACUGCACCACACACCUCCCUUCUUCACUCUAGCAGUUGAAAAUUGACAUUUUUAAACAUUGUGUUGAACUGCUGUACAUUAGUGCUGGAUUCAUACAUGCAUACACAUGACAUUUAACCCUGAAAUGGUUUCUGUGGCCUUUUGCCUAUGUUACUGAUGACAAAAUAACAUUAAUAUACCGAUUUCUUUUAACUUCCUGGUCCAGGACAAACUGUUAAAUGCUGCGAGAUAACAUACAGUUUUACUGAGUAUGUUAGGAAAAGGUUGGUGCCACAAAACGUGAAACAUGUUUAUUAAUUUGUGUGUAAAAACAUUGUUUUAUUUGUAACUUUUCAAGUACCUGCAUAACUUUGCCAUCAAGUUUCAAUAUAUACUCCGUUUCAUGUUUAAUUUUGUUCUUUUUUGCCGUGGUUUGAGAAGAUCUCCGGGAUCUUUUCAUGUUUAAUUAAAUGUGUUCAAUAAUAUUCAUGUUAACGUUCAUAUAUUGAAAUACUGAGGUAAUGCAUGUUCUGUUAUUGGAAAAUAAACUACUGAUCUGUGGCAUUCAAAAAACAUUGUGUUUGACAUCUGCAUACAAAUAAUCACAAACUACUAUAAACAACUGGUUUUAUGGCUGAUGGAAUGAUAUUAAAGAUUGUUUACCCAAA